GUGAGCGAAGAUGUUCAAUGUCCGGCAGCUGAGGUUCUUUGCGUUGGCGCUGCUGCUCCAAUGGACAAGACGGGCGCACUCGUUCUCGUCUCCUGCUCUCUUCUCAUUUACACGACCCUCUCAUCCCAAAACUUGCAGGGCGACGGGUAUCACGCUGGCACGAUGCACCUUGCCUCCUCCUCCCCCGCCCCCUCCUCCUCGCAAACAGGAGAGAGAGACGCGCGGUUUUCCUUCUGUGAGGAAACCGAAGAUUGAGGAACCCCAGGCAGGAGCAUGGCGAGAUGAUCUGGACCUCGGAUUGAAGAGGCUGAGAACGACGCGAGGAGGGGGGAACGAGAUGGGCAAGAGACAGGCAGCAUCGUUGGAGAAGGCUAAGAAGAACAACCGCGCUCCUCCUCCCAUGCUCACAAGGGCAGAAUGGAUCGCCGCCUUCGAGAUCCAUGGAGCGAAGGACGCGAGGGAGCUAGGAGAGCAGUUCAUCAUGGCGAAGCAGGGAGAGUUUGUAGAUUUGGAGCUGCGCUGGAGAACCCGAGGCGCCAGCAAUGCUGAGGUUAAGAAACGGCUAGGACAGGCAAACAAGGUUCGCAAAGAUGCAGAAUAUCAGGAGAAGCUGGCUGCCAACCCUGCCACGCAUUCCUCCUCAUGGGCAAGCGGGAAGAAGAUUCCGAAGCCUCCCGCAGGGCUCAUGUUCAGAUAUUUAGAGCGAGCCAAGGAGGAUGGGCAAGUCCUUCCGAUGUCUCAACCCCUCCGAACAGGGGUCCGCGAGGAAUUCUUCGAUCCGGACAGGGUGGAGAGGAAGCUUAUCAGCGCCUCCAAGGGUGGGAGCAACAACCAGAGGCUGCUGGGUGCCGCCAAGAAGAAGUCCAAGUAGAACUUGUCAUCAUCACUCUUGUAAGAUAAGAAAGAACCAUGCCGAGUC